AUGCUGCUGCCCCGCCUGCUGGGCCCGCCGGCCCGCGCCUCCUGCGGUGUACGUACACCUCAGCAGUGCGCAAGCCACCAGCAGCAGCAGCAGCAGGGACGGCCGCUGCAGCAGCUGCAGCAGCAGCAGCAGCAGCGGCUGCAGCAGCAUCAGCGGCAGCAGCAGCAGCAGCUGGUGCAGCAGCAGCAGCUGGUGCAGCAGCAGCAGCUGGUGCAGCAGCAGCAGCUGGUGCAGCAGCAGCAGCUGCUGCCCCCGGGGGGGGGGCCGCAGUGUACGUACACCGCGGGCCCUACAAGACAGGUGUGCAGCCAAGCACGGGUCUGCUGCUCGCAGCUGCCGCGGCUGCAGCGGGUUUACAGAAUGGGCCCCGAAGAGCUGCUGCAGUGCAUGCAGCACUGCAGCAGCAAACAGCUGCUGCUGCGGCGGCUGUGGGAAGGGUUUAUGUACCGGUGGUGCGUGCUGCGGGGCGCGGUGUCUGUACACCAGCUGGUGCAGGUGGUGCGGCUGUUUGCUGCAGCACGAAAAAGAGAAUUCAGUUUUAUUAAUUUCAUUCUGGAAGGAAUUCGCAUGCAGCUGCAGCAGCUGAGUCUUAGCGACGCAGUGCUGCUGCUUGCUGCGCUGCAGCGGCUGCAGCUCCGGGACCCCCUGCUGCUGCAGUCCCUGCUGCCGCUUUGCUGCUGCCGCAUAGCAGCAACAACAACCCCACCGCUCUUGGCGCUGCUCGCGCACACUGCAGCAAAGGACGCCUCCGCGCCGCUGCUGCUGCAGCAGCAGCUGCUGCAGCAGAUCUACGUCUCCCUGGCCCCCCGGCUGCAGCAGCAGCAGCAGCAGCAAACUCUCGCGCUGCUGCUUGCUGCCUACGCGCGCUUUGCAUGCGCCAAGGCGGGUGGAGGGCCUUUUCUCAACUUUGCUGCUGCGCCCUUGAGGUGUACAGACAGCUCAGCAGCGGGAAUUGAACUGCUGCCAGAAGAUAUGCUGAAUGAACAAUUCUAUUUGAAGUUUGCCGCUUUUGAAGAACGGCAGCACGAGAGGGAAAGGGCAAAAGCAAUCUAUGAGGCGGCGCUGCAGAGAGUGCCCCGAGGGCAGGCUGAUGAACUCUAUUCGAAAUAUGUGGCAUUUCAGAAACAAUUCGGCGACAAGGAGGGGCUGGAGGAGACGGUGCUGUCGAAGCGGCGUUUCGUCUACGAAGAGGCCCUGCACGAAAACCCGUGCAACUACGACGGGUGGAUAGACUAUUUGCGUUUGGAAGAAGCAGCAGGAGAUGUGGAAAGAACUCGAAACGUUUACGAGCGAGCUGUGGCCAACACCCCCCCCGUGCUGCAGAAGCGCUACUGGACGCGGUACAUAUACAUUUGGAUUUCGUAUGCACUCUUCGAAGAGCUGCAGGCCAAAGACAUGGACCGCUGCCGCAGCGUUUACGAAAAAGCUCUCGAAGUUGUUCCCCACAAACUCUUUUCCUUCGCCAAACUCUGGACCCUCUUCGUUGCUUUCGAGAUCCGGCAGCUGAAUCUGGAGCGGGCCCGCAAAAUAUUCGGAGCAGCAAUUGGGAAAUGCGGCAAAGAGAAAAUCUUCCAGGCUUAUGCCCAACUCGAACUUCGCCUCGGCAACAUCGACAGGUGCCGCCAAAUCCACGCCAAGUUCAUCGAGACUUACCCCCUCAACCCCAAGGCGUGGAUCCAAAUGAUAGAACUGGAGGUGCUGGCGGAGGAGACGGAGAGGGCCAGAGCCAUUUGCGAAAUCGCCGUUUCCAUGGAGCAAAUGGAAAUGCCCGAACUGAUAUGGAAGGCGUACAUCGACAUGGAGGUGAACUGGGGGGCCCUCGACAGGGCCCGGGCCCUUUACGAGCGGCUGCUGGACAAGACGCAGCACGUAAAUGCCUUUAAGGGCUAUUCCACCUUCGAGUGGAAGAAGGCGGAAAGCAAAGACAGAGCCAGACAGGUAAUAAACAGAGGGCUGGAAGUCUGCAAGGCAAAUGGGUGGGACGAAGACCGAGCGGCGCUGCUGGAGCACUGGCUGGCGCUGGAGCGGGAGGGGGGAGAGGCUGCAGCUAUCCAGCGGGUGUUUCGGCUGCUUCCGAAGAAAAUAAAAAAAAGAAAAACUCAAAAAAAUGCAAACGGAGUUGAAGAAGUGACAGAAAGUCUCACUUUCGUUUUCCCCGACGACGAGGGGUCUGCAGCGAACUUGAAGAUUCUGCAGGCGGCGAAAAUGUGGAAGAAAAGACAGCUGGCGUCUCAGGCUCAGUAG